GGUAGCGCUUAAUUUCCCUUCAUCGCGCCGGGCUGUCGCGAACGCCGAGCCUCGCGAACCAAAUCGAUCAUUAUUCACAACCGAUGGACGAAAUUAGAAGCCCGUUGACAUAGGAACGCAGCCUACAACACACCGGCGCAUUGGUGAGACGGAGAGCACACUCUCCUCGUUCGCCUUGGGUCGGUUGUGAGGGGGGGGGGGGACUGACUGCCAGCGGUCUGAUGCUGCAGAAAAUUCGCCAUUGUUUCGAUGAGCCGGCGACCCAACGACACUAAAAUACAAAAAAGUCCUCAAAUCAAUGUGCUGCGGAGAGCUCGUCGCUAUCGUCACCUCAAUGCUGCCUUACAUAGUAUGUCUCAUCUGCAGCAUCCAGAGCUCCGCGUCCUUCCGGGUGUCUGUGCGAGAUGACAGCAGCCUGGCCGUGUCCCUGGAGCCGGGGGACCUGGUGGAGAACGCCACGGCGUACGCGGUGCGUGUGGGCGGCGAGCCGCUGGCGCGUCUGCUGCUGUUCGACGACUUCGGCAGCUCCCCGCCGCCGCCGCUGGUGUUCAACGCCUCGUACCACGGCCUGUGCUACACCGUCAGCCUGCUGAGCAACACGGGCGCGCCCUGGUCCCGGCCCCUCAAGACCGUCACCGUCCUCACACAGCCUCUUCCGGUUGAAAAUGUGUCAGUCCGUGACUACCAGCCCGCCCCUGAGACAGGGGUGGUGUUUGAGUUCAAGACGGCCGAGAACAACGUCUUCAGCAGAGUGAACAUCAGCUACACGGAGGGCAGAGAGCCGAGGUCCAUGCUGUAUAAAGAUUUUUUCAGAGGGAAAACUGUCUUCAAGCACUGGCUGCCAGGCACCUGCUACAGCAACAUCACAUUCCGGCUGGUGUCCGAAGCGACCGCCAACAGAACCACGCUGGUGCGCCAAAGUGCAGUGGGGCAUGAGCUCCCCCACCACAGGACAGUGCCCAACCCGCCCCUCAACGUCUCCCUGAGGAUCAUUCACCUGAGCAGGGGGGCCCCUCUGGGGGGGGCGCACGAGGGCCCCCACUCCCGCCGAACCCGCAGCGCCCUCCUGAUGGAGGGGGAAGAGGCGGGGUCCCGGGAGGAAGAAGCGGAGUCUCAGGAGGAAGCGGCGGAGGACGGCCCCGCCCAGGGCGCCAACGACACCUACGUCUCGGCGGACGAGGACCGGGGCGGGAUCGCCACGGACUCCUAUUGGCCGCCGGCCACGGGGGACCCCGCCCCCACGGAGGAGGAGGAGGAAGAGGAGGAGUUCGUGAACGCGGUGGUGCCGGAGUACGAGGACUCCAACGAGCCGGGAUCGGCCAUGGGCCUGCCCCUGUCUCCCGAGCCCUCCGUCGCCCCCACCAGGCUGCCACCGGUACUGCUGGAGCUGCGCUGGCAGCCGCCCCGCCCGCCCACGACCUUUGACGGGUUCAACAUCUACAUCUACAGGGACGGGAACUGCACGGAGAUGGCCACCGUGGACGAGAACACGCACGAGUUCUUCGUGGAGCUGACGGAGGCGGGCGUCUACAGGGCCCUGGUGACCACGAUCAGCUCGGCCGGAGACUGUGACCCGCGUGAGAGUCCUGGAGACACCAGCUUCACUUUCUACCUCAGCCCCAGCGGGGAGUGGUUCGAGCAGCCCAAGGAGAGGCCGCAGGCGGUGAGCGUGAAGAUGCUGGGCACCAGCAUGGCGGUGGUCUCCUGGGCCCCGUCCCCAGAGACGCACAACGGCUCCCUGGUGUCCGUGCUGUCCCUGACCUGCCUGAAGCCCAGCCUGAGCCAGAGGAUGGAGAGCACCUACUGCAGCGAGGAAAAUUCCACCAGUGAAAUCAUCAUGAAUCUGACCCCCGGCGCACAGUAUAGAGUGGUGGUCUAUCACACCAACGGACCCCUGGUCAGUCGUCCAUCGGAGCCUUUCAUCUUCGGGAUAGAGCCGACGGGGGUGGAGGACCUGGAGGUCUACCCGCUCAGCCCCACGGCGGCCAUGCUGAGCUGGAGGCGGCCGUACCACGUGGCCUUCCGCAAGUACGCCCUGGAGACCUUCUUCUUCAACCCCGCCACCAUGACCUCCGAGUGGACCACCUACUACGAGAUCGGAGCCACCGCCUCGGUCACUCCGUCCGUGAAAGUGCCGGAUCUGCUGCCUGCCUGGUACUACAGCUUCCGAGUAACCAUGGUGACGUGGGGCGACCCAGCCCUCAGCUGCUGCGAGAGUUCGACAACGAGCUUCAUCACAGCCCCAGAAGCCCCCCACAUCUCCUCGGUGGAGUACAGCAGCAGCAUGCUGUACGUGCGGUGGACCUACGGGGAGAUCUUCACCGACCUCACCCACUCCAGGAUGCUGCACUGGCUGGUGGUGGCCGAGGGGAAGAAGGGCUCGAAGAGGCGCAUCUCCGCCGAUGUGACCCGCACGGUGAUGAAGGCCAUGCUGGCCCUGCCGCCCGGAGACAUCUACAACCUGACCGUGACCGCCUGCACGGAGCGUUACCGGAACAGCUCCAUGCCGCACAUCAUCAAGCUGGAGCCGGCACCGCCCAAAUCUCUGUACGCCGUGAACACCACCCACACCUCGGUGACCCUGCUGUGGGUGGAGGAGGGGGUGGUGGACUUCUACCAGGUGCUCUGCAGACAGGUCCGGCCCAGCAGAGACCUGACGGUGAGGGAGCCCCAGGCAGUGCACUCGCACGUGACCACGGUGACCAAGCUCCAGCCCUCCAGCACCUACAACUGCAGCGUGACCAGCUACAGCUACAGCACGCCCAGCGAGCCGGCCUACAUCACCGUCUCCACCCCAGCUCGAGAGAUGAACCCCAGCGUGGGGGCCAUUUCGGCUCUGGUCGUCCUCAGCGUGCUCCUCGUCAGCCUUCUCGUGCUCGUCUUCCUGGUGCUUCGCAAGAAACACCUGCAGAUGACCAGGGAGUGCGGGGCCGGAACCUUCGUUAAUUUCGCCUCGUUUGACAGGGACGGGAAACUGCCGUACAACUGGCGAAGAAGCCUUUUUGCCUUCCUUACACUACUGCCAUCCUGCCUUUGGACUGACUAUCUUUUGGCUUUUUAUAUUAAUCCCUGGAGCAAGACUGCUUUAAAGAAACGGAAGCUGACAAGCCCAGUGCAGCUGGAUGACUUUGACGCCUACCUGAAAGACAUGAGCAAGGACUCGGCCUACAAGUUCUCCCUGCAGUUUGAGGAGCUGAAGAGCGUUGGUCUGGACCUGUCCCAUGAAGCUGCUGAUCUGCCCGUCAACAGAGCCAAAAACCGCUACACCAACAUCCUGCCCUACGACUUCAGCCGCGUGAAGCUGAUCUCCAUGCACAACGACGAAGGCUCCGACUACAUCAACGCCAACUACAUUCCCGGGUACAAGUCGCCGCGCGAGUACAUCGCCACCCAGGGGCCGCUGCCGGAGACGCGCAACGACUUCUGGAAGAUGGUGCUGCAGCAGAAGUGCCGCGUGGUCGUCAUGCUGACGCAGUGCAACGAGCGCCGGAGGGUGAAGUGUGACCACUACUGGCCCUUCACGGACGAGCCGGUGGCCUACGGGGAGAUUGUGGUGGAGAUGCUUUCGGAAAAGGAGGCGCCGGAGUGGACCAUGAGGAACUUCAGACUGAGCUACGCGGACGAGACGCAAGACGUCCUGCACGUGAACUACACGUCCUGGCCCGACCACGGCGUGCCCACGGUCAACGCCAUCGAGAGCAUCCUGCAGUUCGUGCAGAUCGUACGGCAGCACGCCACGCGGACGAAAGGACCCAUCGUGGUGCACUGCAGCGCGGGCGUGGGCCGGACGGGGACCUUCAUCGCUCUGGACCGGCUCAUGCAGCACAUCCGGGAGCACGAGUUCGCCGACAUCCUGGGCAUGGUGUCGCAGAUGCGCUCACACCGGCUCUGCAUGGUGCAGACGGAGGAGCAGUACGUGUUCAUCCACCAGUGCGUCCAGCUGAUGGGGAGGAAGAAGAAACAGCAGUCCGUCACCAGCGACGUCAUCUACGAGAACGUGACCAAGUCCUAACCGUGCAAUGUUAUUCACCAUCCUCCCUUGCUUCAGGCUUUUCGUUGAGACCAAAAAGUCAACACAAGAUCAGAAGAAAAAAAAAAAAAAACGACAACAAAAAAAAAACUAAAUGUUUUUGCAGAUUUUUUUUUUUUUUUUUUUGAUUGAGAGGUGGAAGCAGGGGAAGGAACCUUGCCUUAAAGAGUCUUCAGUGACCAACCGCGUUCCAGACAGACCCGGCGAUUUUCAGCUCGACGGACCAAGUCGCCAAACCGACUGAAAUGGGUUGGCCGGGGGGAGGGGGGAGGGG